CCUUCCCCUCGCCUCCAUGGCUCCUCGCUUUAAAGCUCCCGGGAUAUGCCCCGCUCUCUCUCCCUCCGCACCCACCGCCACCUGACACGAUGAGCAACACUUCCUCUCCAGUGGCUGCUUCAUCUUGUUCUCGCUCCUGGUCUGUAAGCGAGGAUUCCUUGAGGAGGUACGUGACGUACGCGAGCGAGCGAUGCAUUCAGGAGCUCUUGUCGGCGUCGGAGUCCAGCCGGGCCGGAGGUGGCGAUGGCUGGAAGGUCUUGGCGUUUCAGAACGGCGUGGAGAUAUCGAAGCGGAGCGCGGGCUCUCUCCACGUCUUCAGAAGCCGUUGGCUGCUCCGCUCGGUCUCCCCGCAGCAGUUCAUCGUGGUCGCCACUGCCAUCGAUGCCGCCAAGCAAUGGGAUCCGGACCUGGUGGAGGCCAAACACAUCAAGGACCUCGAUGACAACCUCAGCAUCAUCGGGCUCAGAUUUGGAGACUCCUCGAAGCCGCUCUUCAAGAAGAGAGAGUUCAUCGUCUACGAGCGUCGUGAGACUCUGGAUGAUGGAACCCUAGUGGUCGCGGUGGCUUCACUGCCGAAGGAGAUCGCGGCAGGACUGCAACCGAAGAACAACAAAGCGAUUCGAGGGCUGCUGCUUCAGUCGGGGUGGGUGGUGGAGAAGCUUGAAGACGACUCUUGCAUGGUGACUUAUGUUGUGCAGUUGGAUCCGGCAGGCUGGUUGCCAAAGUGUUUUGUCAACAGGCUCAACACAAAGCUGGUCAUGAUCAUUGAAAACCUAAAGAAGUUGGCAGUGACUUCCCCAAUGGAGAAAGAAAUGUGAAUGUAAAUUCCUACAGUUUAUAAGAAACACAUGAGCAAAUGUAUUGAUAGA